CCUGGUACCUGUUUUGACGCGGACCAGAAAUGACGCACCGAUUUAGUUUUCGGUUUUAUAUUUCUAAACAAAAGCCGUGACGUCAUCAACAUUUGCUGUUCAUAACGUUAUGGUGAAGGUCGUCUUACUACAACGAAGAUGCCUAAAACUCCGCCCAGAAAGAAAUUUACUAAAGAGUACAGAAAAUAUUCACCAUCACAAUUGAAUAAUGCAUAUCAGAUAGUAAAAGAACAAGGCAUUCCUAUCCGGACAGCGGCACGUACAUAUGAAGUACCUGAAGCUACUCUACGACAUAGACUGAGUGGCUAUGUAAAUCCUGAAGCUGUCAAGUCCGGACCAGCACCUUUAUUUAAUGAAGAAGAUGAAGCAGAUCUUGUUAAUCACUUGAAGCUCAUGGCUAGAGUGGGAUAUGGUUACAGCAGGUCAGAAGUAAUAGAUAUUGCAACAAAUUAUGCCAUUUACAAAGGAUUAAGGGACAGUGAACAUCCAUUAUCAACAAAGUGGUAUAAAAACUUCAUGGCUCGUUGGCCAGAUUUAAAAAUCAUUAAACCAAGAAGUCUUGAAAUGCAGCGUGCAAAAGCUACAUCUGAGGUCAAUGUGCAGAACUAUUACUCUGAACUUCACAAAAUUUUGGAAAAAUAUGAUCUGUUUGAUAAACCAGAAAGAAUUUACAAUGUUGAUGAAAAAGGAAUAUGCACUAACCAUAAGUCUCCAUAUGUUAUUGCAGCUACAGGAUCUACACCACCAGCUAUUACUUCAGGGGACAAACACUUGGUCACAGUCUUAGGGUGUGGAAAUGCACAAGGCCACAGUGUGCCACCGUUCUUCGUAUUUCCUGGUAACAGGAUGAGACAAGAACUUCUUGAAAAUAAGUCAACAGAUGCAGACGGUGAUGUUUCAGAAAGCGGCUGGUCUAAUACAGAAAUUUUCCGCAAAUACAUGGAGAAUCAUCUUUUGAAAUACAUACCCCACAGAACAUCUGAUGUUCCAGUAUUAAUUCUUUUUGAUGGACAUAAAUCCCAUAUUGCAUUGGAACUAAUUGAAUGGGCAAGAAAAGAAAAUAUUAUUUUGUUUGUCUUACCUGCACAUACAAGCCACAUUCUCCAACCUAUGGAUGUAGGAUGCUUUGGACCUUUUGAAAGGAUUUUUAAUAAUGAGUGCCACAAAUUUAUGCGGCAAAACUGUUCACAACCAAUAACACGUUAUAAUAUAUGUGGUCUGGCUUGUAAGGGUUAUCUUCAUGCACUUUCACCUAGCAAUUUGCAAAGUGCAUUUAGAAAAACUGGGAUUUACCCGUAUGAUCCUCACAUGGUUGAUCGUUCCAAUUUUGCACCAGCACAAGUGUUCAUUCAAGAAGAUUCCAUAGAAGAAACAUGUGAAACUGAAGACAGAGAACCUGUACAUGAAAUUGAACCAAUUGAGAAAGAUAUAGAUGUACCUGUUGAAGAAAUUGAAAUUAACAUAAACAAUGUAGAAGAAAAUGAACAUGCUUUAACAAUCAAUGAAACACAAGAAAAAACAGUGUCGGAGAAGAAUGACACUUUUUUUGAAGAUCGAGAGAAAAACCUAUUCAAAAAGAAACCUAGAACUAAACAAAGACGCUAUCUGAGCAAAGUUGUAAGUGGGAAGGCAAUUACAGAGAAUGAUACAAUUGAAAAAAUUAAAGAACAUAAGAAGAAUGUAAGCAGAAAACCAAGUCAGAAAAGUCAGAAAAGUAAAUCAAAUGAGAAAGGAAAACAGUUAGCUAAACCUUCAAAAUCAUCAAAACAAGUGAAGUCAAAAAGAGUUCCAAAAAAGACAAUAACAGUUGUUGAUGAGCCGUGUGCUGGUACUUCUGGACUUAAUUUGCGAGGAGGGCCCAUAAGUAUUGAUGAUUCAAUGGACUCUGAUGUAAUAGAAGAUGAAGAACCUUGCUGCGUAUGCAAACUUACUGGCCUACCUCAAGAACUAAGGAACUGUAAUUUUAUAUUGUUUGCCAAUUGGGGACAGUGUACACUCGAAAAUUGUGGUCAUUGGGUACAUCUGAAAUAUUGUUGUGACAAAACCGUGCUUAGGAGGCAUGACACUUUUUUAUGUCCUUGUCACAGUACCUCAACAGAGGAAUAAGAGAACCCAUAGCUAUAACAUUCUAUUUUUAUCAAUCAAGGGAACAAUAUAAACAAUUAAUAUUAAAUUCACAUUGCUUUUGUGUUACUAUUAUUAAAGUGAAUGAAAAUCUCAAAAGUUGUUAAUAAAAUUGAAUUUGUUAACAGUGUUAACUUUAAAGAAUCCAGACUGAAGCAAUUUUUCGAUUAUCAGGUACGUGUAAGUGGUUUUUACUGGUUUGUUUACAGUGCGUCAUUACUGGUACCCAUCAUUAGUUGGCAGUCCGUUCGUAAUGUUAGCAAACAUGAUUUUUAUUGCUGUUACCGUUUCAAAUAUCAACUGCUUAAUGACUGAAAUAUAUUAAUAAGUUAUCAAUCUUUUAUUCCAUUCCGUUUUUCUAAUUCUUUUAAAUGGUGGAUUAAAUGCAGAGAAAAAAACAACCUUAGGUGCGUCAUUACUGGUUCCUCGGGGAUAUUUACAAUUUUUAUAGAGCUUGAUAUACUGUGUAGACACCUACUGUAAAGACCCUAUUUUAACCUCAAAAUAUCUUUUGUUUUUUAUGCUGUUGGUUUGCUGUCGCAUGUCAUGU